AUGCAACGCCCCAAAGUAAAAGCCUACGUGUCGAAUCUAAAAUACGUUGAUGGUUUAGAAUACUUGGGGGCAGGAUAUGAUGUAAUAAAAGGAAAUCCACUGGGCAGUAGCGACAGCCUGCUAGAUCCCGGUUAUAGAUAUCCAGUCAUAACACAAAAAAGUGCCAAUUGCCCUAGAAAUAACAGUAACUGUAUUACAGUAAAUUCCCUUCUGUCGAUACCAAUGGGCGUUUGGGUAAGGCGCUUGUCAAGCUGUGCCAAGCAGGAGAGGGUUCGCAGCCUCACACAAUCCAACAAUACUCUAGAUACAAAGAACAUCAAAAACGAUCUAAAAUUCGAUGUAUCGAUAGAAUCCCCCUCGCCAAAUGAUGAACAUGCCUUCACGGCGGCCUUCAGCUUCGCCUCAUCGUUCAGCUACGAUAACCUCAUGAAAAUUGCCACAAGUAGGGGCCAUAGUAUCCAACAAAAUAUGGUAUACUGUUACAAGUACGUCACUGGGUAUAGCCUGCCAGUUGAUAAGCUAUCUUACUCCUCCGAAUUUGCCAAAUUUGUCAAAUCGCUACCCGUAGAUUUUUUUGCAGCUGAUUGCGUAGCUUCGUUUUAUAAAACUUACCCCAAAAGCGAUAAUUGCAAAAGUGUAAACUCGUGGAUGACCCUUUUCAACAUAUUUGGCACACACUUUGUCACUCUAGUCUUUCUAGGAGGUAAAAUCAUCAUCAAUGACACAAUUAACACACAACAAGAUAUCCAAAAUGUUAAAAGGAACGCACAACUGAACAUAGAUUUGAACGCAAAAGCACUUGAUCUAUCACUCGACGUUGGUACCAGUCUUAGUAAGAACUCAAACUACACGACAUCUGGGGCAACAAAGUCUAUUUAUUUCCUGGGAGGAAGCGUGGCCAGUCCCCUGGAUAAUUUUUCGGCAUGGUCCGAUUCCCUAUCUGAACACGCCAUGCCCGUCAGAAUCACCCUCCAGCCCCUACACCUCAUACUGCCCGCACAACUAACCGACUCUUAUAAUUCAGCCUACCAAUACUACGCCACACUGGCGCCAGAUUGA